AUGUCGAGAAGCCCGCCAUCAAUCGCCAGCGCCGGCAGCGAGUCUGCAGGAAGCCUUCGCCAGCGAUCAGCCCCCCGGGCAGAGCGUCCGUCCUCGAACCCGGUCCCCUACAUCGGAGACGGUUAUGAUACAGCGCUCCCCUCAAUGGACUUUCGCUCCCAGCCGGCGCUCGCACAUCGCAGGACCGGAAGCACUUUAAAAACAGUCAUGCGCAAGAUCUUCAAUCGGAAAAGACAAAGUCAGGCCGAUGAACUGGAGGAAACCCAGUUUGAAUCUACGUUGAUGACCCCGCCGCGGAGUUCAGGCCCAGUCCGAGGAAGACCGUUCCUGGCCGUUCCGCCACCGUUGAAGCUUACUUCCAAUCGAAGUAGUCCGCUUUCUGCGGAAAAUCUCCAACUCGCAGAAACACACCUGUCCCCGCUUUCUCCCUUAUCGCCAGCAUCGAUGCCCGGCUCACCGGGUUUGCCGCGCCGAAGACGUGCAACGCUGCCUAGCGUCAUAUUUUCUGAUGAUGAAUCUCGAUAUGCCGUGGCUUCGACGGCAAUAUCCGAACCCCAAGAAGAGAGAGCCCAUAUCCAAGACCGAAGACACAGUUUGCUCUCUCAUAGAUUGUCAAGGAGCACAGUUGCAUUGGAAGCAAUGACAGAGCAACAUCUAGACAUCUGGCCUGCGCGCACAAUGCCCGCUACAGGCCCAGCCUCCGCCUCAGAUUCCCGAUCUCCACCAUUCGAAGAAAGCUCCAACAGCGGCCAAUCCGCGCGCCCCUCAACCGGUACAACAGUAACAAGUGUAACGCGCGCAUCAGCCGCCCCUUCCCUGCAUGAAUCCGAGCAACAAGAAACAAUCCCAACCCUUCCAUCAAACCUAGCAACCCUAGUCCACAACAUGCAACACGACGACAGCGUUACCCUCGAGCAGCGCCUAACAACCCUCGAGGUAAAAAUGAUCGAUCUCGAAUUUGCAAUCGCAAGAAUGCAAGCCAGCAUCCCCACCACCGAAAAACCCAGACCGCGCAAAGAUUCCCUCCGCCAAAAACACCCCUCUUACACAGACGACGACCCAACCCCCCUCCCAACAAUCCACCAAAGACCAUCAAGCACCUCCACAAUCCGCCCAGAGCGCUCCCUCCGCCCAACCCCCUCCGCUUCCUCCCUCUCAGACUACCAAGGCGUCUCAAUAGAGCAAUACAGCGCCCUAGUAACCCUCCUCCGGCGCGAGCAGACCGCCCGCCGAAACCUCGAAGGCCAAUUCGGUUCCCUGAGAGACGAUGUCCGGCUCCUGCAGCGCGCAGCAAUGGAGUCCAUCCAGAGUGGCGCAAUGAACCCCGCCCACGGCGUGGAAUCCGCCGAGUUCCUGCAUUUCCGGCGCGCGCUCGCUGAUGAUUCGACAGAACACGAUGACCGCGACGUCUACUCCCGGGAUGACCCCUUUGCGCCGAAGUGGGAGCGCCAGCGCAUCGUCACUGCGCCCAUGAUCUAG